AUGCCACGCCGUGAUACUCGUUCGAAAACGGUUCCUCCAUCCCGUAAAUCUACUACCACCGAUACAAAAUCUCAGCAUGGAACUGGUCAAAGUGUCCCCACCAAAGCAGCCGCCGAGCCAACGAAAUCACCGACUGCCCCUACAGUAGCAACACCAGCACCAGGAUCGGGCUUUUUCUCACAAAUGGCAGCUACUGCCGGUGGCGUUGCAAUUGGAUCCGUCCUAGGCCGUGCACUUGGCGGACUAUUCGAACGUUCCGAACCAAAAGCGGUAAGCACGGAUGCCGUGGAGAAGGAGCAGCAGUCUGCGAUGGAGUUGACCAAGCCGGACAAAAGCGCCUCCGUGGAGCCAUGUGGUAUGGAAAUCAAGCAAUUUCUUUCAUGCGUGGAUAAGGAAAUGGAUGUGAAGAUCUGCGAAGGUUUCAAGGAAGCGAUGCAACAGUGCACAACGAAAGCCAACUUUAGAAUACCAAUGUUUGAUCACGUGUAG